AUGUCCACCAACCGCUGCGAACAAAUCCUUGCAGAGGUCGACAACGACGUCACCAUGGCGGUCUACCGUAUCUUCAGCGAAGCCGAGACCAACGAAAACAUCACAGCCAAGAACUGGGAGGACUUCGCUGCUGGGCUCGAUGACGGGGAUAGGAAGAGGGUGGAUGAGGUGGUCUGCAACUUGACGCAUGCAUGGGUGCAGUCCAAGGUAGUGGACGAAGCUAGAGCGGAUGUGGAACUAUGGUUGGGGAAGAGAGGUAUAUAA